AUGACCGUCUUCGAGAUUCUACAAUUCUUCAUCACCCCGCUACUGGCUCUGCUGGAACCCUACGUCCAGCAGGUUAUCCAGUGGUUGACCUCCUCGGCCUUGCACCGCAAGAUCAUCAAGUUCUUUAUAGGUCUCAUUGUCCUCCUGCUACUCGUCGGCGUCUCCCUGGCGGCGUACCUGAGCUUCUACUGGAUCUAUAUCCCUCAGCGUGGGCAUGUUGGACAGGUCCACCUUCAAUAUGACCGACCCACUGUCCCUGGAGUGAUUGGACAUGGCCCCUCUGCCGAGAUUGACUUUACCAGAGGAGGACGCUUCGACCAGUUCCUUCGCGGAGACCAGGCAUACGAUAUUUCUAUGAACUUGCUUGUGCCCACUUCCGAAAAGAACGUGGCCAUUGGCAACUUCAUGGUCGUUGUCACCUUGCUCCGUGCUGACGGCAAGACCAUCAUGACCUCCAGCCGACCUGUGAGUAUCUCACACGGAUUUGCAUGUGCGGGCAUUCUCACAUACUACUCCGCCCCUUUGAAGCUCAUGAAGACUGCAUGGAAGGCCGUGCCCUUGGUACUGGAUUGGUCCAAGGAAGACCAGAUCAUCAAGCUGCCUUUAAUCGAGAACUAUGUCGAGGAUUCGUCUAAUCCUGUCGCCCGCGCCUUUGUCGAGAUCUCCACACCCGACCUCCAAGUUUACAGGAGCACCAUUCACAUUGACGCUCACUUCCACGGCCUCAGGCAAGCCUCUAUCGUUAUUUAA